AUGAGUUUCAGGCAUGAAAAUGAGGAGGGGAGAGACCUCAGAAAACCCUUUCUUCAUACAGGCAGUUGGUAUCGUAUGGGUUCCAGACAAUCUAGCAUCAUGACUUCAUCUCAGAUGAUCAGAGAUGGCUCAGUUUCUGUGUUGGCAUGUGUCCUCAUCGUUUCCUUGGGCCCGGUUCAGUUCGGUUUCACUGGUGGCUAUUCUUCACCUACACAAUCGGAAAUCAGUCGAGAUCUUAAACUUACAGUCUCUGAGUUCUCGGUGUUUGGUUCUUUAUCGAAUGUGGGUGCCAUGGUUGGUGCGAUAGCUAGCGGUCAGAUUGCAGAGUAUAUUGGUCGAAAAGGGUCUUUGAUGAUUGCCGCUAUCCCUAAUAUAAUCGGCUGGCUUGCCAUAUCAUUUGCCAAAGAUUCGUCAUUUCUUUACAUGGGAAGGUUACUAGAAGGAUUCGGUGUUGGGAUCAUAUCUUACACGGUUCCUGUUUAUAUAGCUGAGAUAGCACCUCAAAACAUGAGAGGGAGUUUAGGUUCUGUUAACCAGUUAUCAGUUACUAUUGGGAUUAUGCUUUCUUAUUUGCUGGGACUUUUUGUUCAUUGGAGAGCACUUGCAAUUUUGGGGACAUUUCCUUGUUUAAUUCUAAUACCUGGACUCUUUUUCAUCCCAGAAUCUCCUAGGUGGUUGGCAAAAAUGGGAAUGACAGAUGAUUUUGAAGCUUCUUUGCAAGUUCUUCGCGGUUUUGAAACUGAUAUUACCCAAGAAGUAAACGAAAUUAAGAGGUCUGUGGCAUCAUCAAACAGAAGAGCUACAGUUCGUUUUUCGGAUCUUAAACAAAGAAGAUAUUGGUUCCCUCUGACGAUAGGAAUUGGGUUACUUGUACUUCAACAGUCAACUGGAACCAAUGGUGUUCUCUUUUAUUCCAGUACCAUUUUCCAAUCUGCAGGAAUUUCUAAUAGCAAUGUUGCUACAUUUGGACUUGGUGCCAUCCAAGCCAUUGCAACUGCAGUUUCAACAUGGUUGGUUGACAGAACGGGCCGAAGGAUUCUACUUAUAGUCUCUUCUUCUGGAAUGACUGCUAGUCUUGCGAUCGUUGCAUCAUCCUUCUUCAUUAAGGGCUUUGUGGAGGAAAGUUCCACCAUGUAUAAUGUAAUGGGCAUCUUAUCAGUCAUUGGAGUUGUGGGAAUGAUCAUUGGUUUUUCUCUUGGAAUGGGACCAAUUCCAUGGAUUAUAAUGUCUGAGAUUCUUCCGGUCAAUAUAAAAGGACUCGCUGGAAGUAUAGCUACAUUAGCCAACUGGUUUAUCUGUUGGAUCGUUACAUUAACAGCCCCCUUGCUUUUAUCAUGGAACGACGGAGGAACAUUCACUCUAUACAUGCUUAUGAGUGCUAUAACGGUUGUUUUCGCGGGCCUUUUGGUGCCAGAGACUAAAGGAAAAACACUCGAAGAGAUUCAGUUUUCAUUCCGAUGAUCUGCUUCUACCGAAAAUCAUGAUUAGCCAAAUGUUGGUGUGUGCAAAAGCAAAUGCACAAUAAACAAAGCAAAACCGAAUAAAGACAAAAAUUGCAAUUUGUUUUCCUUUUAUUAACCA